AUGUAUCAGAAUCCAGCAGCCGGACGCUGGUCUUGCCAGAGCACCGACGAUCCUGCAGUCGCAGACUUCCACCGCAAACUUCCGGACUACAACGUCACUCCGCUUGUACCGCUUCCAAGCCUGGCGAAGGAGCUGGGUCUCGGGCACGUCUUGGUGAAAGAUGAGUCCCACCGAUUCGGCCUGCCCGCCUUCAAGAUCCUAGGCGCGUCGUGGGCGGUAUACCGCGCAGUCGCCGCCAAAGUAGAUCUGCCACCAACGACACCCUUGGAUGACCUUAGUGCGGCCGCGAAUGCCCAUGGUGUCGAGCUUGUGUCAUGUACGGAGGGGAACUGGGGCCGAGCGGUAGCGCGCAUGGCUAAGUACCUCAGCAUACAAGCCACGGUGUUUGUGUCGCAAAACAUGUACAAGACCACGUUGAACCUGAUUGCGGGUGAAGGCGCGAUGGUUUCCGUGGUCCAAGGCGACUACGAUGCCUCGAUCCAGGCUGCAAGAGACGAAUCUGCGAAGAGCGGCGCGCUGCUGGUCAUGGACACCUCAUGGCCAGGGUACGAGGAGAUCCCAAAGUGGGUUGUUGAUGGCUACUCCACGAUGCUUCUGGAAGCCGACCACCAAGUGCAUGAGAUGACAGGCAAGGACGCAACUUGUGCCAUAGCAUCCGUAGGUGUGGGCUCGUUGGCACACGCCGUUGUUCAGCACUACAAGACCCAGGACCGCAACGCUACAGUUGUGGCUGUCGAACCAGAGACAGCGGCGUGUCUGAAAACCAGUCUCGAGGCAGGCAAGAUCGUGCCCAUCGAGACGGGAAACACGAUCAUGUCCGGCAUGAAUUGUGGGACCGUCUCUGUUACUGCAUGGCCUUUCUUGAGGGAUGGUGUUGAUGCAAGCCUGACUGUCUCGGAUAUUGAAGCACACAGAGAUACGCAGUACUUGCAGGAGAACGGCGUUCCGUGUGGUCCGUGUGGUGCUGCACCACUCAGUGCACUGAGGAAGCUUUGCGAAGAGGGAGAGCUUGGUCUCGGGCCUGAUUCGGUUGUUGUUUUGUUUUCUACUGAGGCUUCUAGACCUUAUCCUGAGCCAUAA